UUCGACCUGUCAUGCGGUAGUAGCAUGUGUGCUCUCCUGUGGUGAGGCAGGCUCUGGUUGUAGUGGUGUGUGAAUUGAUAUGUCCAUGACAUUUCCGCAGUUUGUAGGAUCUGCUUGUGGUCAACACGGCCCUUAUACAUUCUAUAAGGCGUUCAAGUACCAGAAGUUAGGAAAAAGCAGGAUUUUGACUCUAGGAGAGUUUUUCUUUGUCAGGAUAUCGCCCAAUGAGGAUCCGUGUAUUGGUGAACUUCAUUUGUUAUGGGAGGACCGUCACCGGGAUCAAGUGCUAUCGAGUAUGCGAUUGUACUUCCUACCGGAACAAACACCGGAAGGUAGAUUAUCACAUCAUGGUCAGAACAUUAAGACAUGGACCAAUAAAAUACCCUUGUGACCACUUCAAAAAAAAAAAAGAAAAAACUUUCAAGUAUUGAUACUGUGUAGGAGUACUCAAUAGAAUGAAAGGAGAAAGAAUAAAUUGAAGAUACGUUCCCAGUUGAAAAAUAAAGGAAAAGAAAAUAUUUUACUGCUUCUGUAAUCCAUAGUCGACUUUCACAAGAGGAAAAAGAUAGCCUAUUAUUCCAUCUUAGUACUGUUGCACUACUUUAAUACAUGCAGCACACGUGUUGUUCACUGAAUUUGUAACUUCUUUUUAUAUUAGUUCCUUUCAAACUGGAUAAACGACAAUUCGGUUAUAGUUGCCCUGCAUUAUAAAAUACCAAAAAAAAAUAACAAAUAAAA